AUGACUUCCAUGGGUGUAUUUCAUAAGGUGGAAAUGGAUGAAAAGCCAUUUUUGUCGCGACUAAUUGAAGACGGUUACGAGCGAGACUACGACGACAUCGAUGUGGAAUAUGGUGAUAUUACUCAUAAUUUUCUUGAACACAGGGUCCAAGACGAGAAGGUCGUUAACAAAGAGCUUCUUCGAUUCAACUCUCCUCCUCACUUCGCCAGCACAAGAAACAUACACCUACGUUCUCUUCACUGGGACAAGGACAAUCGUUAUUUCUGUAAGCUCCCUGUACUCCCUCUCUUUUGGUGCAACAAUAAAGAACCGGAAAAUUACGAAUUCAAGUGCGGUUUAUGCCUAUCGGCAACGGUCAACGUAAGCUACUACGCAUGUCCUCAAUGUCAGAAAAAGUUCCACAAAGAAUGUGUAGAGUCUCCACUUGAAAUCAAACACCCGUCCCACCCCUUUCAUACUCUUCAACUUCGAACACCCAUCGCUCCUCCUGAUCGAUGGUACAAACUCUGUACUUCUUGUGGAAAAGAUCUUGCCAACAUGAGUUAUGAGUGUACCACCUGCGACUUAAGCAUGCAUCCGGUCUGUGCGUUGAAGCCUGUACCCUUUGUUCUCGACCACCCAAAAAGCCAUCCCCACCCUCUCACCUUUUACCCUGCGCAAGCUUCUUUGGUUUGCCAGUUCUGUGCUCAGGUCAAGAAGCAUGAUCCCACGUACAUCUGUAUCCAGUGCGUCUUCGCAAUCCAUAAAGACUGUCUCGGUUUCCCACAUGUCAUAAGAAUAUGUCGCCACCAACACCGACUCUCUUUCACCUCUUCUCUUCCACAUGGAGAGUUCCCUUGCGGAGUCUGUUGGCAACAAGUUGACAACAACUAUGGUGCAUACACUUGUAGUAAAGGCGAUGCUUAUUUUGUUCAUUCAAAAUGUGCUUUACAUCCAAAGGUUUGGGAUGGAAUAGAUCUCGACGGAGUACCAGAAGAAGAUGAUAUGAUAGAUGAUGGUGAGCCGUUCAAGAGGAUAGCUGAUGGGAUAAUACUCCAUCCUUUCCAUAGUCACAAUCUGCGUCUUGAGACCAGCAUAGCCUAUGAUGGAAACAAGUUUUGUCGAGGGUGUGCCUUUCAGGUCUACGAGGGUCAAAUCUAUUCAUGCAUGGAGUGCGACUACAUCCUCCAUGAGAGUUGUGCAUAUGCUCCACGCAUGAAACGACAUCCUUUAGAUCCACACCCACUCAAACUUGUCACCAUGGGAUCUGGUAGUACAAGCGCUCUAAUACAAUGUCGUGCAUGUGACCGUGACAUUUCUGGUUUCUACUAUGAGCAUUAUGCAAGAACCGGUAACUGCCUGCUAGACCUAAGUUGUGCAUCGAUAACCGAGCCAUUUAGAUAUAAAGGCCACGAGCAUCCUUUAUUCAUACCUUUGGAGCCAAAAGAAGGCGCGCGAUGUCAAAUGUGUAGAUCAGAAGAAAGUAAAGACUUGAAACUGAUUUGCAUGGAAUGCGAUUAUAUUAUAUGUUUCCGUUGCGCUACCUUCCCAUGCAAGGCAAGGUAUAAGCAUGACGAUCAUUUUCUCACGCUCUGCGAUGGGAAAGAGGCAAGUGAUGAACCAGACUGGUGUGAGAUUUGCGAAGGCAAAAUAGAAGAAGUGAAAGAGAUAGGGAAUCGCAAGACGAACAAAAAAGAAAGGCGGUUUUAUAAAUGCGAUGAAUGCUGCACCACUCUUCAUGCUGAAUGUUUACUUGGGGUAGACAUUCUCAUGGUACCUGGUAAUACUAUAAAAGACUGCAUUGGUCGUUUCUACAGUUAUUACAAGGACGAAGAUGCGAGUAGACUUUGGCGCAAUAAGGAUGUUCGUAUUCUUCUCAACAGUUCUCUCUCCCGACCACUCUGUGGGAAUGGAUUUGGUAUAGCCAUGGAUUCUGGUGGUGACGACCUUCCUCUUCAACCUCUUUUCCUCUGUCCUGCUGCACGUAUCAAAUUUCUUAAGUCAAAACUAGAGGACUAUGAUCAUGACAAUCAUUACCAGCUUCAUCCAUUCGACUCUUCUCCUCACUUCCCAAACACAAGAUCAAGCGGUGAUUAUCAGCAAGGCGAAUCUCUGCUUGAUUGCGACGACGGCGAUGGUAUCUUCCAGCAAGAUCUUUGUCUUCAUCCAUGUUUCCACUUCUCGUGUAUGCAUAAGGAACACAAUGAUGAGAUUUAUCUAGAUGAACAAGUUUACUGUCGACCUCUGAAUCUUUCACCUGCUCCGUCUGAUUUCACUCCUCAGCUCUCAAAGCUCAUUUUACAGCAGUUGUUUGCCAUCUGCAAGGAGACAAGGAUCAUCAUUCAAAAAGUUCUGCAGAGAAGACGAGUGUGGAACGAGAGGGCUUAG